UUUGCAAAGAGCUUCUUCUUCUUAUCCCCUUUUCUCGUCUAGCCAGAACGAGAGCGCGACCGUGGCCGCCCACGCAACCAUCCACGCCGCUGCUGCCCAAGCAUGUUCGCGUCGGCCUCCGCGAGUGGCUGGUUCGCCCACGCGUGGAUGGCGCCGCGCCGGUCGUCUGCUGCUUCCGCCGCAUCAGAGCGCGCACCGUCUUCUGCGAGUCCGAGCGCCUCUAGCGCGGCCAUCUCCUCCGAUGGAGGUCGAGCGCCGCUGUAGAGUACGCGCCGUCUUCUGCGAGUCUGGGCGCCUCCAGCGCGGCCUUCUCUUCCGAUGGAGGUCGAGCGCCGCCGUAGAGGUGGCGCCGUCUUCUGUGAGUCUGGGCGCGUCGAGCACGUGCCGGCGGCGGGAGUCCGCGGUGUCGCUGUGGUGCACUCGUCUCGAGCUAAGCCAGGGGCCACGACUCCAUCCCCUGCAGGCCGGUACCAAACUCCCCCUGCUGCCGGCUGGUAUCUCCAGGUCAGUCAUCUGUGUGGCCUGUCUCCGGCGGCGUCGAUCCACACGGCGGAGCUGUUGCGUCGAAGUGCCGCAGCUAGAGGGGCAGGAAUGCCCCGGAUCCCCACGCGAGGGUGCCGCCAGAUCCCAUCACUCCUUCCUCUGCGUGCUAACGACUUUCACCCCUCCAUCUCGUGUUUGCUAUGUUUUGCAAAUUGGCAAAUACGAGGGCGCAGGAUGGGGAACGAGAGGAUCACCUCAGCUGCCUCCUUAACUUCUUUCAGACUGGUGUUGGAGCGUUCCUAAACUGAUUACAUGAGAUACUUGGUUCAUUGUCCAA